CGCUACGGCGCUAAUCUAUGACGGAGUAUCUAUCUGCAAAUUCGUGGCGAACACUAACACGAAAACCAUUUGGCCAUUUCCGCACUCGAUGAACCCUUGCCUUUAUUUUCUUCAAUUGCCAACUCCCGAACUUCGUUAACUGGUUAAGCACAAGUUAUCACUUUGCCCCUUCAAGAUCUGAGGAGCCCAGCCGUAUUUCGUUAUCCCUAACUUAUUUCCAGGCAUUAAUGGAGGACGAACUGGCAAUCAGCGAAUGUUCUCCCAUCGCCACUAGAUCCGACUCAAAGGCUAAGAGAGCAAUGGCGGGACUUGUAGAAAGAUCGGAACUUUAUCACAAAACAGUGAAAGUGAGGGGUCUUGAACAUUAUGCAGAAUUAAAUCGAAAAGGUAAUUGUAAAGAAACUGAAUGUUCUUCUCAACCCAACAGAGAGGGACUGCUUAAGAUUCAUGGGAGGGAAGCUUCCAUCAGUCCGGUGAAUAUGGGAGGAUGUGGCUUAGGUCUAAAUGCAGAAGAUGUUUCUAGUUCAGUCAAUGUUGACCCUUAUUAUCAUCAACAACAGAAUAGUAUAGGACAAACAGCAAAACCAAGGGAUAAUAAUGGGCAAAAGAGGAAAAACGAGAGGAUGAAGAGAAAGAUAGAGCUUGCAAAGAAAGAACAAGCAGACAGGUUUGCUAAGAUUGCAGCCCCCACCGGUUUGCUGACUGGACUGAACCCCGGGAUCAUUAACCAUGUGAGAAACACCAAGCAGGUCCAUUCCAUUAUAGAAGCCCUUGUGAAAUCUGAAAAGUAUGACAGUAAUUUAAUCCUUGAAGGUAAACAAGGUAAGAGUGGUGGAGAAAGAAAGGAAUUAAAGGAUAUUGAAAAGGGGACAAUGAAUGCUUUGUCAACAGGGAUGCAUAUCAUUGGAUAUUCAGCACCUUCUAAUGAGUGUGAGCUUGAAGGUGACAAUGGUAAUUCAUGUAUGAUUGGGAAAAGGACAAAAUAUCUAUCAGACUGCAAUGGUGCAAAUAGCGUUGUGUCAAAUGAUGAUGCAUCAACGAACGUAGCUGAUGUUACCGCCCUUUCCAUUAAUGCUGCUAGAGUUGCAUCACAGUGGUUGGAACUGCUUAAUCAGGACACUGAAGGCCGCCUUGCUGCAUUAAGAAGCAGUAGAAAGAGAGUAUGGGAGGUAAUUCAUACAGAAUUUCCUUGCUUAAUCACAAAGGAAUUCUCUUAUAACAAUAACAGUAAUCCACUACAAGAUCCUGGAGGAUGUGAGAAAGCAGCCGCACAUCAUGCUAGAUGGAGUGCAUUGUUUUUUCAGCUUGAUGCAUCUCUAUGUGAAGAAGAGUGUCAGCUGGUAAGCUGGCAAAAACAAGUACAAGAAAUGCAGUUGCAAUGUGAACACGGGCUUAUCAAAUAUACUAAUAAUAAUAUGGUGCCACGCGGUUCACCUCGGCUUGCUGCACUGCAAAAUGACAUCAGACUGGAUAAAGAUCCAGGAAGGGAUUUAGCUGUUAGAGCAGCUGCAGCUUCCAUUUAUUCAACUUGCAAUUUUCUAUCAUCAAUGGAAAAUCAAAGUCUUGUUUAACCUUUUUUUAUUUGGAAUUUUACAAUCUUGUUUAAUGUUUGGUUCGCCGGAUGAUGUUAUGUUGCCUUCAGGAAUGACUAAUGAAAUAUGUAUUUUUUUUUGUUUAGUUGUGUUUUGAGGAAUAUUAGCAAGCUUAUUUAAAUAUUUGAUUGGAGUCUUGGAGAAACCUGUAUAAAUGUACAUUGAAAUAAUAUCU